GCUAUGACCCAUCUUCACACCUACAGGGACGUAAAUUUGGCGGAUGUGGGUGCUGAAGAUAGAUUCCUCCAAAGAAAAUGGACUGGUAGGCUCCUCCUCUGUAUUUUUGUCUUGAACACGAAAAAGACUUCGAUCCUGACAGACAUCCUCCUUUCAAAAGUUAACAGUAGCGACACAAUUGAAGUUGAACGUGGGAAUGUGUUCAUACACAGUCAAGCAUGAAGUAUUACACAGUGCGGGGAUGUUUGCUCACACAAUAUUCGUGAUGUAUCGACCACAAAUCCCAGGCCACUUGAGACUCAUCAGAAACUUGCCUUGGACUGUUUUAGCGAGCUUUCCGCGCCGGACGCAUACACGCACAUGCGACAGUGGUACGGUACUUCUGAAGAUUUCUGUGUUGAAGAACACACAGGACUGCCUUCUGUAGCUGCUGAGAUACCAGAAAAUAACUAAAACAGCAUCUGGAGUCCUCUUUAUGGGAAACAACUCCAGUAAAAGAAGGUCCCACAAUAAAUCUAGUGUUCCUGAACAACCACUCAGUAGUGGACGGAAGCGUUCACUGAAGCCAGAUCUGGCUGCUUCAGAAACGGAGAAGUUUCUCAACGAGGACGAUACUAAACCCCCUCAUCGUGUCAAUGAGGAGACGAAAGAAAGGCUGCUAAAUCCACCAGGCUUAAAGGGCCUGUCAGACGCCUACAUGCAAAAGUCAGGAGAUGGUAAAGGAAGCAGGGGGUCAGGCUAUGAAAUGAAAGCCGAACACCGAGAAGAAGAGACCAGCUACGUUGAAAUAUCACAAGUAGAAUUAUCUGGAGAGAGGGACGAACCCAGACCAGAACGAGACAGAUUUCGUGGGAGCUACCGACGCAGUGGCAAGUUUAAAAAGAUCAUGUCUUCGCUGUCACCUCAAGAGGCAGCAACAGCAUCAGGGAAUGAAGGCAAGAUGGAAAGCACCAUCCUUCUGGCUAAUGAUGUCAUCCAACGAAUGCAGGGAGAAGAUACUGAGAGGGUUGUAGAAGCCACACAGCAACUGUAUCGUAUGGUGGAUGAUGCAUGGAGUACGCCAAAGUACGGGCGUGACCUGGCAUGUAGUAUUAGCGACAAUCUUCGCACUGAAGGAGGACUGGAUAUUCUUCUGAAGAACUGCAAAUCAGACGACAAGGCACUGCAAGUUAACUCAGCACGACUUCUUGAGCAGGUCAUGACAGCUGAUAAUCGAGACUAUGUCGUGAAGCAUGGACUGGACUCUGUGGUGAAGCUGGCCUGUUCCCGCAAAGAACCAACCUUACUUCAAAUAGGAAUGGGUCUCUUGGAAAAUCUGUUCAAGCAUUCAGAAGAGACUUGCACCAAGGUUAUUGAUCGGGGUGGACUGACAGCUGUUGUGUACACUUGUCGCAUGAGUGAUAACAUCACUCUGCGACACUGUGCUGCUGCCUUGGCAAACUGCGCCAUGUAUGGUGGACCAGCUAACCAACAGAAAAUGGUUGACCAGCGUUGCUCAGAGUGGCUGUUUCCCUUGGCAUUUAGUACUGAUCACAGCAUCCGCUACUAUGCUUGUCUAGCUGUUGCUGUUCUUUCAGCCAAUCAGGAUGUAGAGAAGUGUGUGGUGAACUCAGGCACACUUGAUCUGGUUGAGCCCUUUGUUACAACCCAUGAUCCUCUGACUUUUGCCAAGAGUGACAAGGCGCACUCCCAGGGUCGUUCAGAGCAGUGGCUGCAGCGUUUGAUGCCGCUGCUAGAUAGUACAAGGAGAGAAGCACAAUGUCUUGCUGCUUUUCAUUUUGCAAUGGAAGCAGCCAUCAAGAAGGAGCAAGGCAGAACCAAGGUGUUUCAGGAAAUUUUGGUUGUCCCAGCCCUGCGUCGAGUAGCCUCCUCUAACAAUGAGAUAGCCUCCAAGCUUUGCAUUCAAGCCCUACGUACCAUCGGUGAGGACAUCCCUGCUAAGCUGUCCUUCAAUAUCUCUUGCUGGACCAUAAAAGAAGUUCAAAUGUGGGUCAAGAAUAUCGGCUUUGCGCAAUUCUGCCCAGCAUUUGAACGCCACAAAGUUGAUGGGGAUCUGCUGUUGACCAUAUCAGAAGAAGAACUCAUCCGCGACAUUGAGAUGGAGAGCAGCCUGCUGAAACGAAGGUUCUUGCGGGAACUAUCCCGUCUGAAGUCCAAUUCCAACAGUGGUGAUCGGGAACUAGGUGAUUGGCUUAAGAGCCUUGGCCCAGAGUAUCCCCAGUACACACAUAACCUAGUACAUUGUGGGAUUGAUUUCAACCUCUUACCCUUUAUCACGGAUGAGCACCUGAAGACUGAUGCAGGAAUCACCAAUGGUGUGCAUCGUAUGAAGAUACUCAGGACUAUCAGACCACGAGGAAUGAAACUGUUGAAGCAAAGCCUGAAACCAAGCUCACCUGACUCCAUCAACCAUACCCUCCCUUGGCUGAAGGAACCACGGAAAUCACUAGAUGGUGAUGAUAAAUUUCCCAAAGUGUUAAGUAGUCCAACUCAUGCUGUUCCCAUCCCUGCCAUUACCACUGACCAGCCUGAUAAUCGCAACAACCCCAAGUUCCUGGAUGUCUUCAUCAGCUACAGAAGAGCAACAGGAUCCCUUCUGGCAAGUUUACUGAAGGUACAUCUUCAGUUGAGAGGAUUCACUGUUUUCAUUGACGUGGAGAAGUUGGAGGCAGGUAAAUUUGACAACAAUCUGCUGAAGAGUGUUCGCCAUGCUCGCAACUUUGUUCUGGUUCUGUCAUCAGGCUGUCUGGACCGAUGCUUUGAAGACACCGACCGAAAGGACUGGGUGCAUAGGGAGAUAGUUGCAGCUAUUGACAGCAAGUGUAACAUUGUACCUGUCCUUGACAACUUCAAAUGGCCUAGACCUGAGCAACUUCCUGAAGAUAUGAGGAACAUUGUCUUCUUCAAUGGUGUCAAGUGGAUACAUGAUUACCAAGAUGCCUGCAUUGACAAGUUGGAGCGAUUCCUUCUUGGUGAAGAAAAUCUGGGUCAACUUGACUUGGAGCACUUGGCCAAGGAAGGCCGCAGCUUGCAUGUAGCAAAGAAGACCAGUCGUGAUGCCAAAGACAGCACUAGCAGUGUAUCUUAGAGGAAUUGGAGCCCCUCCAGGGUUAAACACUCUGUGUGAAAGGUGUAACAUAACAUGCUUGUAUAUUGAAGGCGCACCCGUAACAGAGGUCUAAAUUGGACAUAGUGUCUCUUGUUGCAACUCAUAACUGUAGUCUGCCUGGUAAAAUUACUCAAAGGGAGGACUUUUGUGGAUAUACAAGUAUUAGACAGGAAUAAAGUACGAUGACAGUCAGUGAAGAAGGACUUACAAGAUAUUCUGGAAAUUAGGACUUUAAAAAGUAUCAGAUCUUGUGUUUCUUACAGUGAUUUGUGGGGAUAACCAGACGCUAGGCAUGCCAUUCACUUUGUGUAUUAGUAAACACAGUACCUCCUGCUGUUGGUCAGGCCAUAUACAUGCACAUGUAGCUGCAUGUCACUGGGUAAAACAAGUGCACCAGAAUGUGCAAUGUGGAAUUUGUUCAUUGACUGUCAACGUCAUUAAGUAUGUGCAGAAUAUUGUCAAUGGUAUAAACCUUUGUGAAGAGUAAAAUCAAAGGAACUUUGUUCAUAGCAAGUGGAAAUGUCCAUAAUAGCAAUAAUAUACAUCAACUAAGAGUUAACAAUCUGAAAAAGGCAAAAUGCAUUCCCAGAUUCAGAACUUUGAUGGAGAAUCAUCUGGUUCAUUGCUGUUCAGAAUGACAAAAACAAGUUAUAAGAAAUGUUCAUUGGUGAGACAGGAGUUUACAGGAAAGCACCCUUAAGGGGCUGUCGUGCUAUAGUGGAAAUGGAUGCGUUGUGUACACACGGGUUACUGGAUUGAAUAUGUCAAAGUUACGAUGCUUUUAUUGACAUUUCUGAAAUUACUUUGUGACUGGUUACACAUACAGGCAAAAGAUAAGUCUGUUACCAAAGAUUAAGUCUUCAAGGCAGUGCAAAAACCUCUUGCUAAAGUGUAUCUCUUAGGUAAAGAACCACACCCAUUGUAAUUCAUCUUAGACUUCAAACCAUGUAAAAAGUGUCUGAUUCACCUGAGUUAUUUGUGACCAAGUUCUACUUGAGUAUUUCACUAAUCAAUGUGUAAUUACUGACCGUCAAACACUCAGCUCAGUUUUCAACAGCCUUAGUUUUCCUUUGUGUGUUGAGGGUCUAGCCCACAAAGUUCCUUUUAUUCCUUGUUUUUUAAAUUCAAGUAAGUUUGAAACAAAACCCAAGGAAAGGGCAGUUUAAUAGUAGGACAUUUUAAUAGACUUGAACACAAAUCAAUCCUAGGAUACGUAUGUGCACAUGCACAUACUUUGUAUUUCUUUUGUGUUGCUAUGGUGUUUUCAUGUUGCAAAGAGUUUAAUUCCCCAAUGUAUAUAAUUGUUUAACGCAGUGGGCCUUGCCAGUGGAAAUUAGUUUUAUCCUUAUGGACUCUAUAACUGCUUGCACUCAAAAAAUAGUACUAAAAUAGAUUACUCGUAGAACUUAAAAGCUAUAGUAUCCUAAGGUUAGGGAUGGGUGUAACUUGAAAGUCCUAGUAAUGUUCUCUAGUAAAUGCCUUUCCAAGGUAUAUGUUAAAAUGUUGGCCCAACUGUACCUAUCAGUAUCACACAGACAGGCCUAACUAUUCAACCAAUACUGUAGGUAUUAGGCUACAUGAUUAUGACAUUACAGUGACUUCAAUGUCGGUAAAAUAGUUUGCAGGCUAUAUUUACAAAAAGAAGGUACCAGAUUUACUAUUGUUUAGACUACUAAUUUUUAACCUGUCCUCAUAGUACCGUGAACUUGAUGCAGUGAGCUUGUAGACUACGUACAUACAUUGUAUUUACCUAAGUGAUUGCAAUGCAGUCCAUGUAACAUAUACCCAAUUUCAAACUGUGUUUGUGUAAUACUGAACUCAUGCAGCCCCCUUCUAGGAUGUGCAAUAUGUGAAAAUUCCAAAUUUAAAAGAUAACCAAUGAAACAUUUUAUAUGUAAGUCUAGAUGAGUGAAAUAGUCUGUAAGAAACGUGGACUUUAAAAUUCAUAUGAGCUCAUGUGUUUUCAGGACCAUAGUCUGAAUAUUUCAGGAUGCUACAGCCCAGCUGAUAGUUUUCAUUUAAUUUUAGUACAUUCCAGUUUACUUUUGGGAUUUGUGAUUUUGUGAGAGUCCAAAGAAAGACAAUAACUCAAACUUGGUUAUCUUUCCUGAUUUGUUUUCCUGUCAGCCAAGAAUGCUGUACAUGGAAAUUGGUUUUGCUUUUGCAUCUCAGUACUGAAAUAUUCUGAACUAAUUCAAAUGGUGUGAAGGUCCUAUUUGUAAAAAAGUGCAAUUAUUUAACCUUUGGAAGUAGAAUAGUGCAAUAGCUGUAGGAAUUCAGUUAAAUGGUAAUAGCUAAGUACUUCAAAUGCAUAGGCCGUUUUCCAAUACUCAACUUCGUCUCCGUCUCAGGCUUCAACUGUUUUUCUACUAGCUGAUUUUGAAGCUGU